CAUUAUCUCUGACAGUAUGCCUAAGACUUCACUGCAGACGUCAUGGCUGAGCGUGUAUCUCUCCCUGCUCCUGGCCAGCACAGCCCUUGCCGUUAUCUUCUCCGUCAUUGUUCUCCGCCUACAUCACGUGCCCGCCCACAUCCCCGUAGGCCCCGCCCUCCGGAAGUUCGUCAUCAGAACGAGGUCAAGUCUGCUCCUCACGGCGCUCGAAGAGGCAGACGAGAGUAAAGACGCCUCUGAUGGAGCUCAUCAAAAAUAUUAUAAUUUCGGCAGUCAGGACAGCAGUGGUAUUUCCGGCGGAGGUUUUGGCGGGAAACGGAACGGCAAGAUCUUCCCGGAGGAACGCCCCCAGACGGCCUUCACCUUGGCCGACAACCUCUCGCAGGACGGGCUGACGUCAGCAGACGACGACGCCUUGGAAUCCAAGCGGCCGGCCCCUCCCCCGGAAGUCGUGGUGACGUGGCAGAACGUGGCGGAGACGGCAGACCGGAUGUUGUUCAUAUGUUUCACCGUGUACAACGUUGGCUGUACGGCCGUCUGUGUCUCCUACUUAACGUUUGCCAGUCCGUAACCAUGGAAACUUUUCUUUUUUUUUAAAUAAUGUUUUAGUUUUAGUAAGAGUUUUACGGCACUUGCAACACAAUAAGGUCAUAUAAGAGCCGAAGAAUAGAUUAUGUGUUACAAGAGAGUAACAUACACAAAAGAGAAGGAGGGGAGAUAAGGACAAUAGGUGUUUGAUAAGAAAAGGGAGCAAACCACACCAGAGCACCCGCCAACCAUCCACACUAUAGAAUUUAGAAACGCCCUUUUUUCAUAAUUUGCAAUUUGAAAGA